AACGUGACAUUGGCGGAAUUGUGUAAAUGCAAAUAGGCCAUGAAUUAAAAAAGAAGAAGAAGAAGAAGACAUUUGACGUUAGUACAAUUAUAAUGUAUUUGACAGCAUUGUUUAAAUUCUCUAUGAGAUUUGAGAAAUUAUUUUGUUUCAAUAAUAAUUAAAAUGGUUACGACAUUCGCUCCAGAUGAAAUCGGCUUGGUAGAUAAAUCACCAUGUGCCAAUAUCAGAGCAGAUCUAAAGAUAUGUUUAUUGAAUAGUGAUUGCUGUAAAAAGAAUAAAAUGACUCCACGGGAAUGUCUUCGAGAUGGUAAUAUACCGGAAGAGUGUAUUCAACUACGACGAACAUUCUUUGAAUGCAAAAGAUCACUACUUGAUAAUAGAAGAAGAUUCCGUGGUCAUAGGGGUUACUGAUGUGAGUUAAUUUAUAAAACUAGUUGAGCACAAAUUAGACUGAUGAGUUUAUUUUAAAAAUAAUUACUAAUGUACCUAAGGUAAAUUAUUAUAAUUUGUUGCAUUAAAUAUUUUACUAUUUAAAUAGUUGUUUAUCAUUUUCUUCAUGAUUUUUGACGAA